AUGGCUUGGCAAAAGUGCUUCCUCCCCCUCUUCCCCGCUUGCAAGCCGAAAGGGCCUCCCACACGUCCUUUGCACCGGAAGCAGGGGACCAAAGCUUUGCUGCUGAGUUUUGCAAAGCACAACCGAGGCAGCAAGGGACAUGCGGAUCAGUUUUUGACGUCCAACCGAUCCAGGACGCCUGUGCCCGGCUCGGGGCUCCUGGCGAUAAAGGCCCCCUCCAGGCUGCAAAUUACGAACGUGGGAAACAGCCGCCGCCUCUUCGGGAAACGCCGCCUCUUAAAGGGACUGGGGCGGGGCGGGGCUCGGUUCUUCCGGGCGGGCGCAUGCGCGCUGCGCAGGGCGGGCUGGCCGCAGCGUCCGGGCGGGGAGCGGCGCGCGGGGCGCGGCAGGACUCGCCCCGUUCCGGUGGCCAAGCGGGUGGGCUGCAUGUUCUACGUGGCCAGCUUCCCGGUGGCCUUUCCGCUGCAGCCCCUGGCCCUGCAGCCCACCGAUGGCAACUUGCCUCCUGCGGAGCUUCGCCCGGCCUCCACCGGAAGUGUGGCUUCGUCGCCCUACGGCGGGACGCUUCUCCCCAGCCGGGUCUCACCAAAGCAGGAGAACGGGACCCCCUUGAUGGCGGCUCUCGGCGACCCCGCCAAGCCCCCGUCAUAACCCCCCGCCUCUCCUCCGCAGUCUGACAUUUCACAGUCUGAAGAAGCAAGCCCACCCAAGAGGCCGCGUGGGACUUUUCUGAAUUGGGGAAUUGAAAGAACGGACGGGAUGUUUUUCUGGAUUAGGGAGGGUGGGAGGAACUAAUCCAAAGAGAUGAAGGAAGGAAGGAAGGAAGCAACGAAGUCAAGCUUGGAGAGGGAGGGGGCCUACCUGCCUUUUCUCCGCCGCGUUGUGGAAAUACACCUCGGCAGAAUGGCCAAUGAGCGGAUCCAAAGGAGAAAGGUAACACCACCACCACCACCCAUCUUCCUUUUUCUGGGGAGAACAUCCCUGGCUGGAACCGGUACGACACAGUUCCUUCUUCGGGAGGUCUUUGCAUCGCUGGCAACUUUUGAAAUAAUACCAAAGACAAACUGAUCCGGCACUGAAAACUCCUCCGGUCCGUGUUUACUUCAGCUCGGAUGGUACAGCACAGCCAAGCUCUGUGGGGCACCUUCUCUCUUUCUCUUUGGCUUUCUGUGUCUCUCUUUGGUGUGCAGUGUUGGUUUUUUCCUCCCAUCCUUGCAUAUCUGGGUGUUUGCUGCUGGGAGGCUGCAGAGAGCCCACCCACAGUUGGGGACCUGCCUGGGAAUUGUUGGGAGGGGGAGAAAAGGAAGCAGACGAAGGAUAUUGUAGUUGGGAGGGAGCCUGUUGCUUCCCUCCUUGAGUGGUGUGUGUGUGUACACAGACAGAGGUAUGCUCCAUUUUAAUUGGGUUUUGUGCGUGAAGGAUGUGUGCAUUCUUUUUUUUUUUUUGGUAGGCUGGCUGAGGAUGCGGAAUUGCGCAUUUUCCCUCGCAUCCACACCCAGGUAUUGCAUAUCCAUGUUUAGCCUUUGCCUGCUUUCAACCACCCUGUCUGCGGGUGUGUGUGUGUGUGUCUCCCCAGUUUGUACAGCGGUGGAAAAAACGUGGGGCCAAGCUUGCCUGUUCGGUUUCAAGACACCCACACGUCCUUUUCCCCCGCUUGUGCAUUUUCAACAGCACCAAAAUCAACCCAAGAUAGCUCAGUGGUACCGUAGCUUCUUACAAGAUACACACACACACAUUAAGAUAUAUGUAUAUAUGUACAUGUGUAAACAUGUACAUGUACAUAUACAUGAGUGUGUGUGUGUGUGUGUACACACAUACACUUCUUGAUUGUGUGGCCAAGCAUGAUCAAGAAGAACAGAUGUAAUGGGAACAGCGCACAUUGAACGGCACAGCCAAGUAGUGGGCAUUGUGUGCAGGAACAUCUGCACGGUGUAUGGGCUGGACCCUCCCAAGUCCAGUUGGGAGACUCCACAGAAGGUUGUGGAGAAGGACAGGGCUAAGAUCCUGGGGGCCUUCCAGAUCCAGGCAGGCAGGCAGGUCCUGGCCAAUCAACCGGACAUCGUGGUACUAGAGAAGGACCGCUAGGUGGUGGUGGUGGUGAUAGAUGUAGCGGUGCCCAGUGGCAGCAGCAUCAGGGAGGAGGAGGAGGCGGCUGAGGAGCUGGAGAAGGACCAGGGCCUGAAGGAGGAACUGGAGGGGAUGUGGAAAGGGAAGGCCGCAGUGGUCCCAGUGGGGGUAGGGGCACUCCGGGCUGUGAUCCCCAAGCUGG